AUGGAACAAGGAAAUCACACUACAGUGACCACUUUCAUCCUUGUGGGGUUCACAACUGAUCCAGAGCUCCAGCUGCUCCUCUUUGCAUUGUUCAUAAUAAUAUAUGCCAUGACUCUGGCUGGAAACAUCAUACUGAUUGCAUUAAUCUGCAUCAGCUCUCACCUCCACAUGCCAAUGUAUUUCUUCAUUGGGAACUUGUCUUUCCUGGAUAUCUGGUAUUCCUCUGUCUAUACCCCCAAGAUCUUGGAAAACUGCAUGUCUGAGGAUAAAAGCAUUUCCUUUGCUGGGUGCGCAGCACAGUUCUUCUCUGCUGGCUUGGCUUACACUGAAUGCUACCUCCUGGCUGCAAUGGCCUAUGACCGUUACAUGGCCAUCUCUGAUCCACUGCUCUAUGUCUUUGCCAUGUCCAGGAAACUGUGUGUAGGUUUGGUGGCUGUUUCAUACCUCAGUGGUUUUGUCAAUGCCACCAUCAUCACCAUCAACACUUUCACUCUUACCUUCUGUGGUUCCAACAUCAUCGAUGACUUCUUCUGUGACCUGCCCCCACUGGUGAAGCUCUCUUGUGAUGCGACAGACAACUACCAAGCUGUGUUGUAUUUCCUUUUAGCUUCCAAUGUCAUCACCCCCUCUUUGCUGAUCCUUGCCUCCUACAUCUCCAUCCUGGCUGCUAUCUUGAAGAUCCGCUCCAGUGAGGGGAGGCUUAAAGCCUUCUCCACUUGUGCUUCUCAUUUGACAGCUGUCACCUUGUACUAUGGCUCCAUCCUCUUCAUCUAUUCACGUCCCAGCUCCAGCUACACCCUGAAGCAUGACAAAGUGGUGUCGGUGUUCUACACAGUGGUUUUCCCCAUGCUGAACCCCUUGAUCUACAGCCUGAGGAACAAGGAUGUGAAGGAUGCCCUGGGGAAACUAAUAAAGAGAGGAACAGCUCCAUAA